CUGAAGUUGAGACUGAGGAGGAAGUGAGAGGAGGAGCCUGUGACACUGGGGUCUAGGGCACAAUGGCCCAGACCCUGGGGGAGGACCUGGUGCUGUCAUCAGAACUACAGGAUGAUUCUAGCUCUCUAGGGUCUGACUCGGAGCUAAGUGGGCCCGGUCCAUAUCGCCAGGCUGACCGCUAUGGCUUCAUUGGUGGCAACUCAGCAGAACUGGGGCCUGGUCAACCCUCUGCAGACCUCAUCCGCCAGCGGGAGAUGAAGUGGGUGGAGAUGACCUCACACUGGGAGAAGACCAUGUCUCGACGAUACAAGAAGGUAAAGAUGCAGUGCCGGAAGGGCAUCCCAUCUGCCCUGCGAGCCCGGUGCUGGCCCCUGCUGUGCGGGGCCCAGAUGUGCCAGAACAACAACCCCGGCACUUAUCAGGAGCUAGCAGCGGCACCUGGAGACCCGCAGUGGAUGGAGACCAUUGGCAGGGACUUGCACCGCCAGUUCCCUCUGCACGAGAUGUUUGUGUCACCCCAGGGACACGGGCAGCAGGGGCUGCUGCAGAUUCUCAAGGCCUACACUCUGUACCGGCCAGAGCAGGGCUAUUGCCAGGCUCAAGGCCCUGUAGCUGCUGUGCUGCUCAUGCAUCUGCCCCCAGAGGAAGCCUUCUGGUGCUUGGUGCAGAUCUGCGAGGUCUACCUCCCUGGCUACUAUGGGCCCCACAUGGAGGCAGUGCAGCUGGAUGCUGAGGUGUUCAUGGCCCUUCUGCGGCGGCUGCUCCCACGUGUGUACCAACAUCUGCAGCAGGUAGGCGUUGGGCCGCUGCUCUACCUGCCCGAGUGGUUCCUGUGCCUCUUCACCCGCUCGCUGCCCUUCCCCACAGUGCUGCGCAUCUGGGAUGCCUUCCUUAGUGAGGGUGCCAAGGUUCUGUUCCGUGUUGGGCUGACACUCAUGCGCCUGGCACUGGGCACUGUAGAACAGCGUGCAGCAUGCCCGGGACUCUUGGAGACACUGGGGGCCCUUCGAGCCAUCCCCCCGACUCAGUUGCAGGAAGAGGCCUUCAUGUCCCAGGUGCACAGUGUAGCCCUGUCUGAGCGAGAUCUGCAACGGGAAAUCAGGAUCCAGUUGGCCCAGCUGCCCAAGUCAUCUCCUGGGCCAGCACCUCUGCCACAGGCCCGCCUUCCUGGAGCCCAAGCCAUCUUUGAGUCCCAGCAACUGGCAAGGAUUCGAGGAAGCGCCAAACCUGAGAUACCCCGAAUAGUGGUGCAGCCCCCAGAGGAGCCCAGGCCACCACGGCGCAAACCACAGACUCGUGGCAAGACUUUCCAUGGGCUCCUGACAAGGGCCCGGGGACCCCCUAUUGAGGGUCCCUCCAGGUCCCACCGAGGCUCCACCUCUUUCCUGGACACCCGCUUCUGAGCGUACCAUAUCUUAAUCAUCUGAAGAGCCAUGCCAGUUCCAGAAAUGUGUAUUGCACUUUACUUCGGAGCUGUGUGACUGCUCUCUUCCCAGCAGGGAGCACCUAGAGGAGGGGAGAAUCUCCCCACCUGAGGGACUGUGUCAGGCACAAAGAUAAAGGAAGGAUACCGAGUGGAUAUUGUGAGGAGCGACCUGGUGCCUGCCAGCAUCAAAGCCAGCACUGAAGGAGCGUAGGGGUGAAGCUUCUGGCUGGGAUAUGGUACCCCCAGGGGCUUCUUGUUGGGGAACCUCAAAUAAAA